AUGACUGAACCCACCACCCAACAAGUCCAUCAUAUUCAGCCAGAUGAGCUUCAAAACUUCGUUCAUCGAGUCCUAGUCGGCAACGGCGUACCGGACAACCAUGCUACCAUAGUUGCGCAAUGUCUCGUCCAAGCAGACCUCCGAGGAGUCGACACACACGGCUCAAAUCGUAUUCCAUCAUACAUGAAGCGUAUCCGCCAAAAGGUGCUGGAUGCAUCUACAACCCCAGAGCUGAAACAAGUUACCCCAGCCGUGGCGAUUGUCGAUGCAAAGAAUGGCUUCGGCUUUGUCGCAGCUCAUCAGGGAAUGCAGAAAGCGAUUGAAAUGGCGCAACAGAUUGGUAUUGGAAUGGUAUCAAUCAAGCAUUCGAAUCAUUUUGGCAUGUCGGCGUGGCUGGUUCAACAGGCUAUUGAUGCGGGCAUGAUGUCGCUAGUAUUCACCAACUCCUCGCCCGCACUUCCUGUCUGGGGAGGUAAGUCUCAGCUUAUGGGUGUGUCACCUAUUGCCUGCGGAGCACCAGCUGGCGAAGAGCGGCCGUUCAUUUUGGACAUGGCGCCCUCAGUUGCCGCACGAGGCAAGAUCUACAAAGCUCUCAGAAGAGGCGAAAAGAUUCCUACUGAUUGGGCUCUUGAUAAGGAUGGUAAUGCGACGGAUGAUCCUGCGAAGGCUCUUGAGGGAGUUAUGCUUCCUAUGGGUGGACCAAAGGGGUCUGCAUUAUCGAUUAUGAUGGAUGUAUUUUCUGGUGUCCUUUCUGGAUCUGCAUUUGCAGGUCAUGUAACGGGGCCAUACGACCCGUCGAAGCCAGCGGAUGUUGGUCAUUUCUUGGUUGCUAUCAAACCUGACUUGUUCAUGGAUCUGGAAGAAUUUAAAUCGCGCAUGGAUUACUUGUACCAGCGUGUCGUUACCGCUGAUAAGGCUGUUGGUGUCGACAAGAUCUACUACCCUGGAGAAAUCGAGCAGAUUACGCGAGAUAGACGGUUGGCUGAGGGCAUUCCAUUCACGGAAUUCGAGAUUGCAAAUUUGAAUCAGGAAGCAGAGUUAGUUGGUGCUGAAAAGUUGAAUAUUUAG